UCUAGUGAUCCUGAGUUCCUGACCACUCCGCCGGUGGCCAAUUUCCUCCCGGCGCUAAUGUGACGCUGCUUCCACAAAACGACACUACGCUGCCGUCGGCUUCGUGGGUGCGUGAAGUCUUGUUCAAAUCGGGAAGAAGCGGCCGACGUCGACGGCGACGGCGAGGGAUCCCUGGGCUACCAAACUGGAGUAGCACCUACCAGCUACCACUAACCAGACGCCCCCGCACCACACCUCAUACCAACAAAACUUCACCUACCCAACCCGAGCUUUCGCUCAAUCCCUUCCUUUCCUCCUCGUGACGAGCUCGUGAUCAAACUAGAUCAGCCAAAUUCCCAAAUGCGCGGAUAAAAUACUGUCACAAGUGCGAAGGCUCCUGAGAAAACAAGUACGGAGUAGUAUACUAGUGCCAAUCCACGGUGCAAGCGGCGAGGCGGAGGCUGAGCACUCGAGCAGGCGGCCGGGCGGGGGCAAUACAUGGCGGCGACCGCGAGGGGGAGCGCGCGGGAGAUCCGGGCGGCCGACGUGGAGGUGGCCGGGCUCGCCGCGGCCGAGGCGGGCGCCUUCCUCGCGGCUCUCCGCUCCGCCGCCGCGUCGUCGCCGUCUUCGGACGCGGCCGAGGUGUGGGCGGCGGUGGUGGCGGCGGGUGUUCUGCGGCCGGAGCACCCGCACGCGCUCCACCAGCUCGUCUACUACUCCGUCUACGCCGGCUGGGACCGCGCCGCCCGGGGCCCGCCUCCCUACUGGUUCCCGUCCCCGAUUGACUGUAAGCGAACAAAUCUCGGGAGAAUGAUGGAACAGAAUGGGCCUAAGCUGUUAGGAUCAUCGUACAAGGAUCCGAUUUCGAGCUUUGAUCUCUUUCACAAAUUCUCAGUAGAGAAUCAGGAGGUGUACUGGAGAAUGGUGCUAAAGGAGCUCUCAGUCAAGUUCCUGCGCGAACCAAAGUCGAUUCUAGAUGCAUCAGAUAAAUCAAAGAAAGGAGGAACAUGGUUCCAAGGCGCUGUGCUUAACAUUGCUGAAUGUUGUCUGCUACCUUGGCCUUCCCAAAAUAGGACAGAUGACAGCACAGCUAUUGUUUGGAGGGAUGAGGGCCUUGAUGAUUAUCCGGUGAAUCGUAUGUCGCUGAAGGAGCUUCGCACUCAAGUGAUGACUGUUGCACAUGCCCUUGAUACCAUGUUUCAAAAGGGGGACCGGAUUGCUAUAGACAUGCCUAUGACAUGCAAUGCUGUCAUUAUUUAUUUGGCAAUCAUCCUUGGGGGCUUUGUUGUUGUGUCAAUAGCAGACAGUUUCGCACCUCAGGAGAUUGGUACACGCAUGAGAGUCUCAAACGCAAAGGCAAUUUUUACUCAGGAUUUCAUAAUUAGAGGAGGGAAGCAAUUUCCACUUUACAGCCGUGUCAUGGAAGGAACUUCAUCUAAAGCUAUUGUAAUUCCUGCAACUGGAGACUGUCUUGGAGUUACACCAAGGACUGGCGAUAUGUCCUGGAAAGAUUUUCUUUCUCGUGCUGCUGGAAGGUCAUCCAUCUACUCUCCAGUUUAUCAACCAUCAGAUGCCCUAAUUAAUAUACUGUUCUCUUCAGGAACAACUGGAGAGCCAAAAGCUAUACCAUGGACGCAACUUUGUCCCAUAAGAUGCGGAGCUGAUACCUGGGCACAUUUGGAUGUUCGUCCACAGGACAUAGGUUGCUGGCCUACAAAUCUGGGUUGGGUUAUGGGACCUAUACUCUUGUUCUCCUGCUUUCUAAGUGGUGCAACUUUGGCUUUGUAUCAUGGUUCUCCACUUGGACAUGGUUUCUGCAAGUUUGUGCAGGAUGCCCGUGUUAAUAUGUUAGGAACUGUACCUAGCUUGGUAAAGGCAUGGAAGGCUGGGAAUCUUACUAAAGGGAUAGACUGGACUAAAAUCAGGGUACUUGCCACAACAGGGGAGGCUUCUGAUAUUGAUGAUAAUCUAUGGCUAUCUUCACGUGCCUGUUACAAGCCCAUUGUUGAGUGCUGUGGAGGCACGGAGUUGGCAUCCUCAUAUAUUCAAGGGAGUCUUUUGCAGCCACAAGCUUUUGGAGCUUUUAGUGGGAAAUCCAUGUCCACUGGGUUUGUCAUACUUGAUGAACAAGGACAUCCAUAUCCUGAUGAUCAACCUUGUGCUGGAGAAGUGGGCCUCUUCCCUUUAUAUUUUGGUGCUACUGAUCGGCUUCUCAAUGGCGACCACGAUAAGGUUUACUUUGAUGGAAUGCCCAUUUACAAAGGAAGGCAACUCCGACGGCACGGAGAUAUAAUCCAGAGGACAGUAGGUGGUUAUUAUAUUGUACAGGGCAGAGCAGAUGACACUAUGAAUCUUGGAGGAAUUAAGACAAGUUCGGUGGAGAUCGAACGGGUUUGUAAUAGAGCCGACGAGGGUCUGCUAGAAACCGCAGCAGUUAGCAUCAAACCUACCGGUGGGGGGCCUGAACAGCUGGCUAUCUUGGCAGUACUGAAAGAUAGAUCAGCAUCAUGCGAUGCUCAUCUUCUAAAGAGCAAGUUCCAGCGAGCCAUCCAGAAGAACCUCAAUCCCCUUUUCAAGGUGAGCUACGUCAAAGUCGUUCCCGAGUUCCCGAGAACUGCUUCAAACAAGCUGUUGAGAAGGGUUCUGAGGGAUCAGCUGAAGUUGGAACUCGUGAAUCGCAGUAAGCUAUGAAAGGGCCUGAGUAUUACUGAACACUGGAUGUGUUCCGUAAGCAACAUCCUGAAUCCUUUUAUAUUGUGUUCAUUGGAGGUGUGUACAGAACUUCACAGUGUAUUGUAUAGUGCUCAUGUCAUUCGAACUAACAAGGCGAUCUCAUAAUAAAAUGGGAAAAUUGGAUAUUUUUUCGUGUGAA